AUGAUCUGCCCGACAUCCAUGGUUACCUGCGCCAGAACCAGUCGCGAAAGCCUUCCAAGGGCCACAGUCAAAAUCCUAAAUCGGAAGUGUGAUACUUGCAUCAACCCAUUCUCUCCACAAGAAGACUUUCGCGGAGUAAAUGAGUGUAUGGCGAUCUUCAAGGACUUUCUAGAGAAAUAUGCUCUUCCGCAGCAGCUCGCUGACGAAGCGUCAGAGAUUAGACUCAAGGAUGUAUCUAUGCUCGUGUCUCAAAAAGAAAGGUUGGACCAUUUACAACGUCAGAUGGGAUCUGUUCUUUAUGGAAUUAAGUGGACUCAGCUCGAGGCUGAGGAAGAUGUGAAGAUUCAGCUUCCAAGGUUUGUCUGGACAUCCUAG